AUGAAUGGUGUAGAUAAUAGUAUCCAUGGUGGAAAACGAGGACUACCGCCGACAGGACCUCUUGCGGCAGCAUCUUGCAUUCUCUGGGUAGGAGCUGUACCCUAUGAGUGGGACGAAGAAACUAUAAAAUCGGUAGUAUGUGGACUGGGCAACAUCGUGGAUGUUAGAGUACUAUUCGAUUCUCCUGUCAAGAACAAGGGGUUUUGUUUUAUUGAAUAUGAGACACCAUAUGAUGCUGUACGUGCUAAGCGUUUAAUCUCCAAGAUUGCCAUAAAGGCAUUGAAUGGAACAAAACGACUCCGAGUAGAGAUCUCCAAAGAUCCUCCAAAAUGGACAGAUCCAGCUCUACAUGAAAGACCAAUUAUGCAAUUGAAUAGAGGCAAAUUACCUGAAAAUGUUAAGCUACCUUGGGAAAUGACGACCGCGAGUGAAGGAAUAUCUUCUAAAAACGGGGAUUUUAAUACACAUCCAGGAAUGAAACGGACGUGGUCUAAACGACGAGGAGCCAAACGAGGAAGAGGAAGACCCUUUACAAAUAUAUCCCAAGUAUUUCAUGUUAAUAACCUAAAUCAUCAACCGAUACAGCUGGGUAAUUCACGUUUUAGCAAUAAAGUUGAUAUAGAGGAAUACAGCUACCCUGAAAACAAACAAUAUGAGGACCUAUUUGCACAAACCGAUUCUCGUGGUAGUAAUAAAACGAUUGACUUGUUUCCACCAGUUAAUGUGCACCAUAAAGGCAAUGAUGAAAAUUUGUUUGCAAAUCGGGUGUCUCGGGAACAAGAUGACGAUCUAUUUGCAAAUCGAAUAGAAAGUGGCGCGAAUGAUGUUUUAUUUCCAUUGGCCAACUCCAGUAGUAUUCCACUUUCAGAUCAAGCUGGUUCUGUCGUGAAUGAUAAAAGUGAUAAUGAUCCUUCAGAAGCUAACCCCAAUAUUGACGUUGAUUCAUGUAGCAAGCAUGACGAACUCAAGCAACCAUUGUAUAAUCAUAAUCAAGUUCAAACUGAUGAAAUAAACCAAGCUAAACAUACGCAUGACGCUACCCAAGCUAAGCAAACACAUGCCGGCCAUGGCCCCUUAAAACCAGAUAUAAUAAUAUGUAAUAACAAUCUGCCAUUAGGAAUACAGGAUCAAAUUAAAACCGCGGAGUUGAGAAUAAUGUUGAAGUUGAAAGGUUGGCUACUGAAAUGCAAGCUUGAACCUCAAGAGGAUAUCCCACAAACAAUAUUAGCAAAGUAUUUAUCAGAACUGUCUACAUCCUGGUUGGGUGACAUAUGCCGAUUUUUGUUUCUCAAUUACAAUAAGCUUCGAAUUUUCCAGGAACAGGAUCCAGAAUAUAAUACCAAACUGUCGUUGUUUCAAUUCUAUUUACUAACUUUUCUGCAGGGUCGAGCAAAGUAUUUGGAUAAUGAGAUUCAUGAGAAAUUUUUCCAUAUCUUCCUAUCUAUAUUGUCUACAUAUAAGAGAGUUUACAAUGAAAUACAAUAUGGUUAUAAUUUUAAAAUUCCAUUUGGGAUAGAUGUGGAUACAUUUGCUGAACAUAUCUUAAAUACAAAAGAAGAUGAGGAGAGAUUACAAGAAAUGCGAAGAAUUGAAGCCAUUUAUAAUUCUGGGGAAAUGACCCAUGAUUCUCAUCUAGCGGUUACGGGGAAACCAUCACCAAUUUUAGCACAAAUACCAUUACCACCACCAUUGACUCCACCUCCUCCUCUGUCUACACCACCGUUACCACAUCCACCGUCUCGACAACCACUGCGAUCGCUAGUACUCCCUCCUCCACCUCCACCUCCUCCUCCGCCACCGCUACCGCCACAGGAAGAGAUUGACUCUAGCAGUGAUGAAUUUAAUCAGAGUAGAAAACUUGAACCAUUGGUUUCUUCAUUAAAGGAAACCAAGAAUUCUGAAAUAAGAGGUGUAUUAAAAGAUACAGUUGUUGUUGGUGCUGGUGAAGUUUUGCCAGAUUAUGAUGAGGUUUCACAUAUAGAUGAGUCUCAAACUAAAAGGAGAAAAACUACAACACAGAUUGAAUCUGAUGAUAGUUUUGAACCGGAAGCUGAAAACGCAAAAAUUGCUGAAGAAUCGGUUGGUAAUGAUCCGACUAAAGUCAUUUCAAAUACCAAAGAAUCAGAAAGAGCUAAUGAUCAUCCUACAAAAUCAUCCAACUUUCCAUAUUUACAAAAUCGAAACGGUUCAAUUGAUUCUACUAAUGGAGCGCAACCACAUACCUCACCUGAUUUAAAUCUAGAAAAAAGUUUGGAAGAAAGUUUCCGAACCACUUUGAAAAGAAUUCAGUCACCGCAGGAUGAGCAAGAAGUACUUAUUAUCCAAGCAAGAAAGGAAAGGCAACGAAAAAAGAAUAAAGAAUUGUUGAAACAGUUUAAUAAAAAUCAAACGGAAGUACGUAGGCAUGGUGAAGUUAGACGAUUUAAGGAAUCAUGUAGAGAUAAUCAUGAUGAUACUAGAGUUACUAGACGACACUCUGAUGAACAUAUUGGAGAAAAGAGUCCUGUUCACACACGUACACCUCCUGUUAAUGAAAUGCUGUCUAAACGCGCUUUGUCAAUGAGACGAAGUACUAGUCAUAAGGAGGGAAAAGAAAAGGAAAUGUUGAAACACAGACCAUUUGGUAAUGAAAUUUCUCUGAGGCAUUCAGAAAAAAGUCCGGAUGCUGGUAUUAGCAACGAAUAUGAAAAGGAGAAGAAUAGAAAUGAAGAAAAAUCACAAGAAGUUAUUGUCAUACAUGACGUUAAGUUGACAAUUCAACAAAAUUCAAAAUCACCUGAUGCUAUUAAUGAAUCUCCACAAACUGUAGAAAAUGCCCACGAUGACGAUAUGGAUGACCUGUUGAUUGAAACUAGUUCUGAAAUAUUUGAACAACAAAAGCAAAAAAGAAAAGGUAUUGUGAUUGAUUUAAGCACGAAUAAUGAAUUGGGCAUUGUUCAAAAUGAAGAGACGGAUGAUGUUAAUGCUGUUAUAGCACCUGUAGAAACAGGAAAUGAAAUUUCAGAUAAACUUUCAAACAAGUUAGACGAUUUGUUGCACGAAACUGAAAAUAUGACACAAAAUGAAAAAAUUCGAAAUCAGGCAACAUACGAACAAAGUGGGAGCGAAGAAAAUGUGACAAACGAGGAAUUGCAAAAAAAAGCAACAAGUGACAAGGAAGAUAGAAGCUACACUGUGGAAUUAGUAGUUUGCCAAGACGAUGCAUCAGUUCAAGAAACAGAGCAGAUAAAUCCUAUUUCUGGUGACACUUCGGAGCCGAGCUGCGGUAAAGCUACUGAUGGUUCAACAAGUCUCAACACUGUUAGAGUCACAUUAUCACCACAGGUACAUGAUAAUAAUGAAAUUGUAGGUGAUGUUGACCAGAAUCGUAUAGAUGAGGUAAGUCAACAUCAACAAUCCUCUACUGAAAGAAAUGAAGAAGCAACUCUGCUGAAGCAUCAGAUUGGUCAGCUUGAACAGGCCGGCCAACCUCAGGAAGGAAGAUCUGAAACAGUUAUAGCAGUAGAAAAGCUACGGGAUCAAAGUGAAAAAGAGAAUAUUCAGGCUUUGGAAGGGUACGGACAAGAACUAACUGACUUUUUCUCGUUCCUGCAACAAGGAAGUCAACCCUUGUUCGUAGCACCACCAGCACAACAACACCAGCAAGCGCAUGUAGUAGAUCAGCAAAGGAAAUCUCUGGGAAUUGAACAGCAAUUGCAGGAGAUUCGCGAGGCACAAUUACAAGAACAUGAAAAACAACAUGUUGAUAUGGUACUGGAAGAGAAAGAACGGUUAGCACGAGUACACAUGGUACAGGCGCAAAUUUCUCAGUCACAGAGGGUAGCAGCAGCUCAAAAACAGACACAAAAAGAAUAUGAAAGAUUACAGCAAGAGUUUUCUGUUAAAGCAAGUGAGGCAGCCAAAGAUUUGCAGAGGCAGAUAGAACUAGUGAACUUUAAACAAAAGCAAUAUUUGGAAGAAUUGACUAAAAGGGCGCGAGCUGAAAUCGAUCAGAUAAAGGAAAAACAUCAAGCCUAUAUGAAAAGUUUGAAAAACUCGUACCUAUCUCAAGCUGUAACUAUAAAUGCUGCUUCUAGGAAUACUGGGAACCAAGCACCAUUACCAACUUUCAACUUAAUACCCCAAUAUAAUCAGUUCCUGCUGGAUAAUAACAUUCUGAUGUGUUGGCACUCGGGUCAAACUAAUUUGCAAUCUUAUCUGGUAGUGCCACCCCAACAAAAUGCUCUUAAUCAGCAGACUUCACCCAACAAUACGAGCCUUGUACAACAACAGUCGCCAACUUUUGGUUCUUUUGUGCUUCCUUCGCGAGAUGUAAUGAUGCAACCUACAGCAAGAAGUGCAUCCCAACUUCCCCAACAAAAUUUACCAAGAUUGCCACAGGAGGGUGCUCCAAAUUCUCAAACAUCGGGUAAACUUUCAUAUCUUGAGAAAAGGUAUAGAUAUGACUCUAGCAAUGUUGGUACUAGUAGAUUGUCUACACGAACAUCAUUUGCACCCCGACGUUCUCCUACAAAAAGGGAGGUUGUUGAUGUUUACAUACCUCCUGAAAUUCAUACUUUAUUGAACUCUUCAAAAUAAAGAAUGCUAUCUAAAGUCUUUCCUUUAGGUUGUUCCAAAACCCUUUGUCAUACACGUUAGUUAAUUCGUGUUCCAUUGAAUUUAUGCAAGUUAAAGUGAAGUUAUUGAUGUUGGUGCGAUUAAUUAGAAUUUCUUCACUUUUCAAACUCAAAUAAGCUGGCUCCCCCGAGGAAAGUAACACUUGUUCCACAAAUGGCUCCUCAUUAUUAACUGGGGGCUCGACUCUAUAUAAAGCCCUUAAUCUAAUCAAAUGUUCAAUUUCUGACCAUUUGUCUAAUUCAUUCGUGGUAACCCCAAGAUAAACAUAUUGUAAAUGCAACCCGGUAAAUAAUGUUGUAAUUAUUAUGAAAAUAAUGCAUAGAAUUAAAAAUAUUCCUGUUAUUUUAUUUGCAUCGGUGGUUUUUGUAAUUAAUUUCCAAAAUUUACUGAUUGCAUUGUUUGCACCACCGUUGUCUGCCCCACCAAGGUUGUGUCUGAAUUGAAAAAUUAGCGCUUGGUAGCACACAUAUCCACCGUAGCCAAGCAUGAUGAUAUUAGCAACCAAGAAUAAGAGAAACCACUUGUAGUUGUAGUAACCUAUGCAAUUAUUUACCCAUACACAGUGAUGGUCAUAUAAUAAGUAGCAAUGACCACAUAUUGAACAAUGUUUUGAUCGUGGUGGUUUGACUAUAUGACAAGUAUUGCAUGUCUUGUCGUUAAAAAAUAUUAGUUGGUUAUUCUGAAACUUGUAGUUGUGAGGCACGGGUUUUUUCGAACUGACUACACCGGGAUCGGAAAAAAUUGCCAAAAUAGUCGAGGAAUAAACUAAAAUUAUAAUGAAUGUGAUAUCUGUUUUGUAGUAAGGUCCGAUCAUAGACGUGGUUACCAUGGGGAUUGUCUUGACUAAGAAUUGGUAAAUGCAAAAUGUGACUACUGCAAGGUAACCUGAUGGCACCAACCAACUCAACCACUUCAAAAGUUUUCCAUUGGUUUUCCGAUCUAGGUAAUUAUAGACGUGAGUUAUUUGCUCAGUAGUCGUGAAUAUGGCUUUUCGUAGUUUGUGGAUUGGAGUGUUUCUAAAACUUGGCAGGUCUCCAAAUAUUACUAUAGCUGAAAGGAAUGAACUGAUAAUAGUUAUCCCAAGUAUUAAUAUAAAGAGCAUGGUUAUGGUGUAAUGUACAAAAUAACAAGGUUUUAGAAGGAAAUGGACCUUUUACAAGAGGGAGAUUCCCCUUUCGGAAACCUAAAAAAAAAAAUCACGAAAAACAAAAAAAAA